AUGGCUUUCACGUUCUGGGCCUACGCCAGACAUCCAGUGCUCACUACAGAACUCUGGGCAAAGGGACCGGGAGGAAGCAUCAAGAAAGUCGUGCCCCGAAUCGACCUUGGUGUCUGGCUAACGUACGCGCCGCACUUCGUGCGCAUUCAUGAGGAACUUGGCCUCGCGCUGUACGAGCAUCCCUUUCGAUUUACCUGGAACCAUUACGAGAAGGACCAAGCCCACUUCCAUGACAGCUCCGUGGUUCCCUUCAGAGAGAUUGAUGAAGGGGAGAUUUUGGAACUGAUCGACGGCAUGGGUAUUAAUUUGGGAGACUUCGAGCAGGUCAUCCCGUCCUCUUGGCCCGGAUCGAGGCUGCAAUACCCUGGCUUACCCGGCAUGGCGCCGACACUCCAGAACCAACGCUCGCUUGCUAUGCCAGAUGUGCAUCUCCUUGGGCACCCCGGCUAUCAGGUGAACACGAUGCCUGGCCCUGGCAAACACAAGUCCACCCAGCACCAGCGAAGAGUGUUGGUCCCGAAGCGACUCAUCCCACUCUACAUGGUGGUAUCGAAAGUGACGGUGGCUCAGGGCACUGUUACUUCUGCUGGAGCUGAAGCCCUCGUACUUUACAAAAAGGAGCUGAUUUACCGGUACGGACAGCAGCAAGAGACGCCAUUGCUCUUGACAGCCCCAAAGCUUGUGGUCAAGCGUCCUUUCCAGACCCUGCAAGUCAGCGCCGGACAACUCGACAGUGACGCCAUCCUUUUUCCUGACUCGGACCCCCACCGCAUGUUUAGAGCUUACCGCAAUCAACGCUUUCCAUUCGAGGCCCUGAUUGAUCCGGCUAUGCUGGACGAUAUAAUCAACUGCCACCAACGACGGCUGCAAAUUGCGCGAGAGCGAGGUAUCAGGACAGACCAAUUGGCUGUUUCAAUUAACGGACUUCUGACUUGGACUGGUUCUCACUUUGAUGAGUUGUUCGAAGUAGCUGACUCUGUCGCCCCUAUGGUGCGGAGCCACUACAUCGAGGCCAUGGAACAGCGCAUCCAGCUAGCUACUCGGACCAACGUUCUUUUAUCUACCCUCCUGGUCGGAUACGACUCGAUGCUGUCAUGGGAUAGUAUCUCGAACAAUCUGGUCUCACACCGACAGUCGGAGAACACUUUGAACCAACCACAGGGAUACCGACAGCGGAUCGAUGCCCUUGGAGCUAUCGCCCGCCGUGAGAAAGAGCGGCAGGAAGAUCUUGAGCAGAAUGUUGAGAGUGCAUUCCUUAGACAAGUCGCCGAUUCUGUUAGACUUCCGCUUGCUUCUGUUACCAACGAUCAGGGCAACCAACACAGAGCAGAUGCUCCAACGCAAGCCCGACCAGAUGCUGCAACUCCUGCUGCUCAGUCCCAACCCCGACCAGACUCAGAUGGAGAUGUGGUUAUGACGGAGAACGAAAACUUGAUGGAGAGCAAGGCAUGGGCAAAGGCUGUUCAACGAUUGGAACAGAUGCGACCAGCCUCGGCCACAGUUCCUCCUGCUGACCUGAAGCUCGAGCGGCGUUCCCUGACAGUGGAUGCUAACGUGAAGCUCGAGCGCUGUUCCCCGACAGUGGAUGCAGAACGUGAAGAACAGGGCAGACGUGACCAGGCAGUCCAGAAAAGCCCCAACCAACUCAACCCUCGACCAAUCAAGACAGAGCAGACUGAUUCCAACCAACUCCAGGAUCAACAAGACCCUACUACUCAACGACCUGUUAUAGAAGACCAGUCGUUACAAGUAGACAGUACACGCUUAGAUCCGAGGCCUCAACGCACGCUUCAGCGCAGCCAGGUCAUUGCAGGCGCAGAUGGCAUAGGCUUUGGUGCCCACCGAAACUGGAGCACUCGACAAGUGACUGAUUGGGAAUUGAAUCUGUUCGUGGUGGUGAUUCGCCCCAUCUCCAAGGGACCAACUGGAAAGUCUGGAUUGAGGAAGAUAAUCCAACUCUGGGAUGACCUGGACAGAGUAGAGCGCUUCAAUGCAGUCGAGCUUGGCAAGCGCAUCGGUCUUUACCUGGGAAACCGUGCUCAGCACACCAAGAAGCUCCGAGAGUAUCAGGCACAGGACGACUCGGAACUGGACCUACUGCUCAAACCGUUGACAGCCUUGUUAGGCAUUAGCGGAAUCGACCCCACCCGGCCUGUGGGACAACGAGACUUGGUCACAAACGACGAUCACAUCAGAGUGAUCACCACCUUCAACUAUUCACUGGGUGGCCAGUGCCGACGGAUCCUCGCUAUCAAGGGCCAGCCCCCCCACCGGGACGAACUGAAUAACUUACUCAGUGAGGUCAAAGCUUACCCGUGGGGCCUCUAUCUCAAUAAGCUUACCCUGCUAAUGAACCACUUGCUGGAUGUCGACAUUGAUGACCGACGUUGGUAUGAGGUGUUUGGAACCAACUACAGCGAGUUCUUGGAGCGUAACAAGAACAACUGGGUUUGA